UAAAACCAUCCAUUCGCCGUCGACUUGCUCUGUUCGCCGGCGGUUUCCGUCUCAGCCUCAGUCACCCUCUUAGUCUCUCACCUCUCAGUAACAGCAACAGUAACAGUGUUCAACCAACUUACACGAUUAUGCCUCUCAAGAGACUUGGACGCACAACCUAAAAUUUAGAGACUUGACAGAUACCAUUUAACAGGACCACUCUGAACUACAACUUUGGCACCAUCCCUGCACUCAAGCACUCAGAUUUCUUCUUCAGCCAUGGUUAAAAAUGGAGCUGUGGACGUUGAGAGAGUGUUCAUAGGAGGUGGAUGCAACCGAGUCGUUAACAAUGUUUCCUGGGGUGCCUGCGGUUUGAUUUCUUUUGGCUCCCAAAAUGCCGUCUCUAUAUUUUGCCCUCAGACUGCAAAGAUAUUGACUACGCUACCAGGUCAUAAGGCUUCCGUGAACUGUACGCAUUGGCUUCCCAGCAGCAAGUUUGCAUUCAAGGCUGCGGCAUGGGAGAAGCACUAUUUACUCUCUGGAGAUGCUGAAGGAGUCAUUAUUCUAUGGGAGUUAUCUCUUGCAGAAAAUAAGUGGAGAUAUGUAUCACAACUGCUACAAUCACACAAGAAAGGCAUUACCUGCAUUACUGCAAUUGUGGUGUCUCAAACUGAAGCAAUAUUUGCAUCUACGUCUUCUGAUUGUGUGGUUAACGUUUGGAAAACAGCCCUACCUGCUUUUGGAGGUGACUGUACAAUUACAUGCUUGGAUUCCCUCUCCGUCAGUUUGAAACCAUUGGUUACACUUUCACUAGCAGAAUUGCCAGGAAGUACCACACACCUUAUCCUGGCAAUGGGGGGACUUGACAACAAGAUUCAUUUAUAUUGCGGCGAGAAGACAGGACAAUUUGUUCGUGCUUGUGAGUUAAAAGGGCAUACAGAUUGGAUCCGAAGUUUGGAUUUCUCAUUACCUGUGGAUGGAGAAACAUAUAGCCUUCUCCUUGUUAGUUCUUCUCAAGAUAGAGGUAUACACAUAUGGAGAAUGGCUUUAUGUGAUUCUGUGGGUAAUUUUGACAAAAAGAAAGCAGAGAACAGCUUGGCUUAUUACAUAAAGGGGCCUGUAUUUCUAGCUGGCUCUUUUUCGUAUCAAGUAUCUUUAGAAUCCCUUCUUAUCGGUCACGAGGAUUGGGUAUAUUCAGUGGAGUGGCAGCCUUCUUCGUUAGUGGACAACAGUUCAUACCAACCCCAAAGCAUCUUAUCUGCAUCUAUGGACAAAACCAUGAUGAUAUGGCAACCUGAGAGAACAACAGGUAUUUGGGUGAAUGUAGUUACUGUUGGAGAGCUAAGUCAUUCUGCUUUGGGGUUCUAUGGUGGGCACUGGAGUUCAAAUGGUGAUUCUAUAUUAGCCCAUGGUUAUGGUGGAGCUUUCCAUCUCUGGAAAAAUGAGUUUGAUAACUGGAAACCGCAAAAAGUUCCAUCUGGGCAUUUUGCUGCAGUGACAGAUAUUGCUUGGGGUAGAUCUGGUGAAUACUUGAUGUCAGUCAGCCAUGAUCAGACAACUAGAAUAUUUGCUUCAUGGCUUAAUGAGGCAAACUCAAACGGGGACGAAACCUGGCAUGAAAUUGCUCGCCCUCAAGUUCAUGGUCAUGAUAUCAACUGCUUAGCUAUCAUUCAAGGAAAAGGGAACCACAGAGUUGUAAGCGGAGCCGAGGAGAAAGUUGCUAGAGUUUUUGAAGCCCCAUUAUCGUUCUUGAAAACAUUAAAUCAUGCCACUUCACAGUUACAUGAUCCCUCUGAUGACCUGCAAGUUGAUGUUCAGGUAUUAGGUGCAAAUAUGUCCGCUCUUGGUCUAUCUCAGAAACCUAUUUAUGUUCAAGCUUCAAGUGAAACAACAGACCGAAGUGGUAGUGAAGGUUUUGACACGCUCGAGACUAUCCCAGAUGCAGUUCCAUCAGUUUUGACUGAACCACCAAUCGAGGAACAACUGGCAUGGCACACACUAUGGCCCGAGUCGCACAAACUUUAUGGUCAUGGGAAUGAAUUAUUUUCGCUAUGUUGUGAUCAUGGAGGGAAGCUUGUUGCCUCGUCUUGUAAGGCCCAAUCAGCAUCAGUGGCGGAAAUAUGGCUAUGGGAGGUUGGUACUUGGAAGGCAGUUGGUCGAUUGCAGUCUCAUAGCUUAACAGUGACUCAAAUGGAAUUCUCUCACGAUGACAAAUAUCUUUUGGCCGUCUCAAGGGAUCGCCAGUUGUCACUCUUUUCUAUAGAUAGAACAGAUGGCACAGAUCAGAUCAGUUAUCAGCUUCUAACUCGGCAAGAGGCACACAAAAGAAUAGUAUGGGCAUGUUCGUGGAACCCGUUUGGUUACCAAUUCGCCACAGGUUCAAGGGACAAGACCGUGAAGAUCUGGGGUGUGCAGAACGAUCAAAGUGUGCAACAACUUGCGACUCUUCCCACUUUUAAAAGCAGUGUGACCGCUCUAUCUUGGAUUGGCCUCCAGCAACAGAAUAACGAUGGUGUUGUUGCCAUUGGAAUGGAAAAUGGUCUGAUUGAGCUAUGGAGUAUUUCUCUUAGAAAAAGCGAUCACGAUUCAAGUUUCUUGGUUUCAAUUGCCUCUCUGGUCAUCCAACUUGAUCCGUUUAUGUGCCAUGUUUCAUCAGUGAAUCGUUUAGCAUGGAGAAACUUGGAGAAAAAUGAUGAUUCCGACGGCAUGCAGCUCGCAUCAUGUGGAGCCGAUCAUUGUGUCAGAAUUUUCAAGGUACGUUUGGUUUAAUUUGACAAUUUAUAUAUUAUCAUACACGGGCCGAGUGUUUGCAACCGAAAGGCCAUGAGUCGAGGACCCAUAUGAUCUCGUAAGAUGGAGGAAGUCGAUUAUUUUCUCUUAUGUGGCUCAUGGUUUGAUUUUUGAGGGUCAAACAAAUCUGAUUUUGAUUACUUCUAGUUUAAUUGUUGUUAGAGGAUCUUGUUUAUAGUAUUUGUUUUAAGUUUACAUUAUUGAGUGUAUC